AUGUCAACAUCAACCGAAAAAUUCCCGAGACUUGUAUAUAAAUGAGGCCACGUACUCAUCUCAACUUUCACCGCAUUCACCACCCUUCCCUCUCUUCAUUCUCCACGUUCCUCCGCCGGAGAGUUAUCCCGACGGCGUUGAAGAUGGCCGGACAAUCAAGAAAAUGGAUGAUCCUGGUGGCGACCAUCUGGAUUCAGGCAUUCACGGGGACCAACUUUGAUUUCUCGGCGUAUUCGUCGGAGUUUAAGUCGGUUUUGGGAGUUUCGCAGGUGCAGCUGAACUAUUUGGCGGUGGCGUCGGAUCUUGGGAAGGCAGUUGGGUGGUCUUCUGGGCUGGCUUUGAUGUAUGUGCCGUUGUGGGUUGUGUUGUUUGUUUCGGCUUUUAUGGGGUUUUUUGGGUAUGGGAUUCAGUGGCUUGUGAUUACUAAUGUCAUCACUCUUCCUUAUUUUGUGGUUUUCAUGCUGUGUUUGUUAGCUGGAUGUAGCAUCUGUUGGUUCAACACUGUGUGUUUUGUUCUCUGCAUCAAGAAUUUCCCAGCUAAUCGACCUUUAGCAAUAUCUCUAACUGUAAGCUUCAAUGGUGUAAGCGCAGCCUUGUACAACCUUGCUGCCAAAUCAUUUGAUUCAUCAUCGAGUGACCUAUACCUUCUUCUCAAUGCAUUUAUACCUCUUUUAACAUCCAUAGCAGCUCUAAUCCCGAUUCUAAGGCAACCCCCGGUGAACCAUCUUCCUACUGAUGCUGUUAAACGUGACCGCCUAAUAUUUCUGCUGCUAAAUUUUCUUGCUGUCAUCACUGGCCUCUAUCUUCUCGUGCUCCAUCCAGGAGAUCCAUCAUCCGCCCGUAUUCUGUUCUGUGGUGCCAUUAUACUUCUGAUUCUUCCUCUAGCUAUCCCUGGUGUUGUGUAUGCUCGUGAUUGGUUUCACCGUACAAUUUACUCCAGCAUUCGUGUUGAUAGCACAAGUUUCAUUCUUGUUGAUCACGAUGAUCUUCAACUUCAUAAAGAGUUCAUGAGUCAGGAGAAUAGUCCAGUUAUUAAUGUAGUAUCGUAUACAGGUAGUGAUGAUGCAUAUCCUAAUCGUAUUAUUGAAGAAGUCACCAAAUCUAGAGAAGGGUUCUUUGUAAGGAUCAUAGAAGGAGAUCGCUUGGUAAUGCUUGGAGAAGAUCACAAGGCAAACAAGCUUAUUCGUAGGAUUGAUUUCUGGCUCUACUACUUUGCUUACUUUUUUGGAGGUACAAUAGGACUAGUGUAUAGCAACAAUUUAGGACAGAUAUCACAGUCACUUGGCCUGAGUUCAACAACCUCGACUCUUAUCACACUAUAUUCCGCUUUCUCCUUCUUUGGCCGCUUGCUGUCAGCAGCUCCAGAUAUCUUGCGGAUGAAAUUUUAUUUUGCCAGGACCGGAUGGCUAGCCCUUGCGCUUUUACCUACACCAGUUGCCUUUUUCUUGCUUGCAGGAACAGGCAGUGAGAUGGCAUUACAGGUAGGCACAGCUCUGAUUGGCUUAAGCUCUGGGUUCAUAUUUGCAGCUGCGGUGUCAAUAACAUCUGAGCUUUUCGGGCCUAACAGUGUGGGUGUCAACCAUAACAUUCUGAUAACUAAUAUACCCAUUGGAUCGCUUUUAUAUGGUCUUCUAUCUGCUCUCGUUUACGAUGCCAAUGCAACUGAGGACAUUCAAAUGCUGCCAGCCAACUCAUUGGUGUGCAUGGGAAGACAAUGCUAUUUCUGGACAUUCGUGUGGUGGGGAUGUGUAUCUGUUUUCGGGCUAGCAUCAAGUGCUCUUUUGUUUGCAAGAACUCGGUCAGUUUACGAUCAAUUUGAAAAGAACAGAAGAUCUUCAGAGCUGUAAUAACACCUGUCUGUCGGAACUUAGUGUUCUUUUAACAAGAUGCUGGAACCUGGUUCAAGGAGCACUCAGUGUAUAGAGUCAACAGUGCUUAUACUAAUGCCACUCCAUGCCUGAGUACUGCGGCUCGAAGCUUACAUAACUGUACUUUCUCACUCACUUUUUGAUUUCCUGAUACAUAUAAUAGCUAUUUCGCCAGAAAUUUUUCGUUCUUGAGUCUGUUAUAUGAGAUGAAUUUUAGUUUC